AUGUCCAAGGUUAAUGGCUUCAAGGAUUCUGAAGAAUCAUUAAAGGAGAGGUUGACCAAGAAACAAGCCAAGAUGACCGAGACUAUGUCAAAAUCAGAUGUGACGAUACUUGUUGUUGAGGAGGCCAAGUUCAAAAAAUCCAAAAUCGAAAAAGAGUCUGUCCUCUUAAAAUUUAAGUUAGCUAAGGUGGCAAAGAGAUGUUCCAACCCAGAGGUCGAUCUGUGCACUAAGAACAUGCAUGGGGAAUACAACAAAGCUAUCUUUGAGAGCUUUUUAGACGGGUAA